AUGGGCAUUAGCAGUUCUUCAUCAACCUCUGUGACCACAACCAAGCUGGUUCUCCCAGAUGGGCAGCUCCAAGAAUUCUCAAACCCAAUUAGGGCAUCCUACGUACUGCAGAAGAUCAGUUCCCCGGGAUUUGUAUGCGAUGCCGACGACAUGGAUUUCGGAGGCUUUAUUACGGCUGUUAACGGCGACGAAGAGCUUCAGCUGGGUCAGCUUUACUUUGUGUUGCCUUUGAGUUGGUUGAAUAAGCCGCUUCGGGCGGAGGAGAUGGCGGCUUUGGCUGUUAGGGCAAGUUUGGCGCUUGGCAAUAUGAGACGGAGUAAUAGGUGUUGUUGUAAAGGAGGGGAUGAUCAAGUUGUAUUUAGUAUUAUUAAGAAGGAUGUGAUCAAGCCUAAGAUGGAGGCGGGCGGCGGCAGUUUUGGUGUUCAUCGAGAAACAGUGAGGAAAAGAAGAGGGAGGAGCGGACGCCACGGUGGUGGUGGAAGUUAUAGUUCUGUGGCAAAGUUGAGUGUGAUUUUGGAAGACGAGGAUAUAUAG